AUAAUUUACGCUGCCCCAAAAAGGUUUAUAAUUGCCUAUAGGUGCCACAAGAUGGCGGCAAAGCAAAGCACUAGGUCAAGCUCCUCAACUUCACCAUAGUUCCUUUGCACCAAAACGGCACUAAAGUGAUAUUUUUGUAUUGUUAACCUAAUUGCAUAGUUGCCUAAGUCAUUUUUUCCCCCAAUCUUUGGAAAACUAAAAAAAAAAGUCAACAAACAAGAAGACACCAGUUGCCUCGAUUCAACCUUUGCUGAUUACCUUGACCUGGAUGGCUGAGAAUAGACAUGAAGAGGAAAAAAACCCCACAAUUUUUAAUGAAGGUGAUACACCACUCCGCGGAGACCCUGAAAACAGCAUUGGUUUCCAAUUCUAAGGACGUGGCUGAACUUUACAGUCAGUACACCAAAGAAGAACGUCGCCUUUUAGAGGAAGGACUGCAUCCAGGGCAGCCUAGUUCUCUUUUCCAGCCUGUUACUGUGCAUUCAGAUUCAGACUGGAUUCCCUGUCAUCCUGAGGAUCCUCAAGACUUUGAGAGCUUUUAUAGAAACCCUCAAAGAAACGUCCUCAGUGCAAGCUGUGGCACUAUUUACAUUCAGACCAUAGGUGCUUUUGGCGAGGCCGGCCCCCAGACUGAGCAGUAUGUGGAAUGGCUUCGAGAAUACUGCCAAGCCUUCUUCUAUGGACUGCCUGUUCGUUGGUUACCAGCUGUCACAGUUGAACAAACAGGGUGCUCUUUCAGGAUUAACCAUGGCUCACAAAUCCUUCAGCUGCUCACUGGUGACUUGCUAGAAUUUUUGUGGAACCGGAAACCAAAAGAGGCUUUUUGUAUUGUUGGAAUCACAAUGAUUGACCUGUACCCAAAAGACUCCUGGAAUUUUGUAUUUGUACAAGCAUCUCUCAAUAGGGGAAUUGGUGUUUUCAGCUUUGCCAGGUACGAUGACAGCUUCUACAGCAAGAGUUAUGCAGGAAGGUUGAAGAAACAGCAUCAGCCAAAGCAGGGGGAGUAUUCUGUCUUUGAUGGCCAAUACACUCCACCCAUCACCAGCACUCUCUUACUGAGAUCCUGCAAGACGAUGGCACAUGAAAUCGGCCACAUGUUCGGGAUAAGGCAUUGCCAGUGGCUGAGCUGUGUGAUGCAGGGCUCCAACCACUUGGAGGAGUCAGACCGUCGGCCCCUGGAUCUCUGUCCCAUCUGCUUGCGCAAACUUCAGGUCUCAGGGGGCUUUAACAUUGCCGAGAGAUACAAGGCCUUAUUACAAUGGAUGGAAGAGGAGCCAAGACCAACACAAGCGGAGACCACCUUUCCCAAACCUACUGAACCUUUUCGCACAGCCAAACUCUGGCUGCAGAGGUGCCAAGACAUAAUGCAAGUCAGUGAACGGCUUUGUCACAAAAUGCUGGAGCGAUUCACGCCGCUUCUUGCGUGCGGGAUGCUGCUGUUUGGCCUGUUUUUCCACCUGGUGUCUGAGCGGGCUGCUCAGGUUCAAAAGCCCGACAAGAAGCCCAACUUCAUUAUCAUCCUGGCUGAUGAUAUAGGAUGGGGUGACUUGGAUGUGAACAUGCCUCAACAGAGGGCCAACAAUACACCAAAUCUUGACCUGAUGGCCCAGCAAGGAUUGAGAUUCUCAGACUUCCACUCUCCGGCCUCAACCUGCUCCCCAUCUCGCGCUUCUAUCCUGACCGGACGCUACGGACUCAGAAAUGGGGUCACUCACAAUUUUGCCGUGGGCUCCGUGGGCGGUCUGCCUCUGUCCGAAGUCACCUUGCCACAACAACUACAGCAGGCGGGUUACUAUACUGCCAUGAUCGGGAAAUGGCAUCUCGGCCAUAAUGGACCAUAUGGCCCAACAAAAAGAGGUUUUGACUACUACUUGGGUGUUCCUUACAGUAAUGAUAUGGGAUGCACUGACAUCCCUGGAUAUGAUCUUCCCCAGUGCCUCGCCUGUGGCUCAUCUGAACCUCAAAUAUUCAGAUUGAGGAGGAGCGCACACAAACACAGGAGCUGCUAUUCCAAAGUGGGCCUUCCUCUGAUUGAAAACAGCAGUAUUGCGGAGCAGCCACUCAACCUGUGGACACUUACACAACAGUACCAGUCUGCUGCGCUCAGAAUUAUGCACGAUGCGAGAGAGCGAGGACAGCCCUAUUUUCUUUACCUAGCGUUAGCGCACAUGCACGUACCCUUGGCCCCACCACUUACACCCACCACUGGCGCCACGCAUUCACCAUCUGACAGCCAAGUGUACGCUGCCAGCCUGCGAGAAUUGGAUCGCCUCGUGGGGUCGAUCAGGACUGCUUCACGCACAGAGGAUACGCUCAUCUGGUUCACUGGUGACAAUGGUCCUUGGGAGCAGAAGUGCCAGUAUGCAGGAAGUACAGGACCAUUCAAAGGAAAGUGGCAGACAAAAAGAGGUGGGAGUUCAGCUAAGACGACCACUUGGGAAGGGGGCCACCGGGUGCCAACCGUGGCCUACUGGCCUGGCGUGAUCCCGGCAAACUCCACCAGCUCUGCCCUGCUCAGUGGCAUGGACAUAUUCCCGACACUCCUUUCCCUGGCAGGGGUGACGCCACCCUCUGACCGGCGCUACGAUGGCAUUGACGCCACAAGUGUCCUCCUGCAUGGCGAACAGACCGGUCACAAGGUCCUCUUCCACCCUAACAGUGGCGCCGCAGGGCGAUUUGGUGACUUAGAGGCGGUCCGAGCUGGGAAAUACAAAGCUUUCUACAUGACAGGUGCAGCUGAAGCAUGUGGCGGUGGAUCAGGAGCACAGGAACUCCACGACCCACCAUUAAUAUUUGAUUUGGAGCAUGACGAGACUGAGGAAACACCCUUAAAUGUUUGGACACCUGAAUACCAAGUGACAGCUGAGAGGGUUGCUCUCUGGAGGGAGCGGUUAUUGUGGGACAUCGCCACCGACCAAUCCGCGUCUGCGGCCGACUACACAACAGACAGUUCGGCUGUGCCUUGCUGUGAACCCACACGGCCGGUUUGCCGUUGCCCCUCACUUCCCUGACUGCAGGAAUCCUUAAAAGACAAGAACGAGGAAAGAACAGAGUGCGCUUUGGGUGUGUGUUCAGAAGUUUGUUGAGACUGCUGUGCCGUUUGGUAGGUACAAUGUCCAGAUGCGACAUGGAGGCAUGCAAACAAACAUUCAAACAGACAGAGCAAAGACAGAAGGUCACAGAGAGGCAGUUGCCCGUGAGAUCAAUAAGACAAAGGGAAAAUAUUUGCUCAGCAUUCUCCUUAACAGCCCAGAGUUAACAUACAUUAUGAUACCAAUUGAAAUAAUACAAAAAUAAUACCCAAGGCCAAUUGAUUCUGAAUCAGCUUUAUUGAUUCUUCAUUGUCAGUAUGCAACAGCUCAAUGUAGUGUAAGGUGUCCAAACAGCGCCACCUUUUGGCCAAAUUAAAUGUAUUACCUAUAUACGCUACUCACCAAAAAGUUUGGGAUAUCUGGGCUUUUGCAUGGUUUCUGGAUGAACCUAAAAUGCCGCGGAUCCUUUAUAGUUGAACUUAAUUUGACCUUCUCUAAACCUUCGGACGCACAUGUCAAACUGUUCAUUGUUUCUGUACUUUUUUGCACAACUUGCCGUACUCUAACAAGGAGCUUUACGGCAAAAUUCACAACCAUGAAUCAACCAAUACAUUUCCUAGUUAAAUUAGAAUUUGUAUUUAAAGUCCUCUUCAUCAUACUUUUCGCAUUAUUUACAUCAUGUGACCGAGAAGACACGUAACAAUCAGCAGCUUGCGAUAGGGAUGCAGAGAGACUGGAAGAGUCACAGAAAGGCAUGGAAGUGCACAUCCUUAGAAAUUUUCCUGGAUCAAACCCCUGUUGUGGAAUUUGCCAUUCAGUUCCUUGUUAGAGAAGUUGUGCAAAAAGCUCUGAAACAGUGAAAAUGUGCUGUGGACAUGUGCAUCCAAAAGUUAAAUUAAGUUCACCUGUAUAGGCUAUAGUGCAUUUUAGGUCGAUAAGCCAAUAUUCUGUACUUUCUGUGAGUAGUAUAUGCAUUAUAUACAGAUUAUACACAGUAAAAAAAAAAAAAUCUUCAAAAUAUAGUUACACAUGGUCAGUUUAUGUUCAUGUGUAAAACUUCCCAUAGUAAAAAAAAAAAAAAAAAAAACCUAUGUCAACUUAUUCAGCAUCAUGUGGUAAAUAGCCUCGAGAUAUCACCGAAAUUCAAGGACGUGUCGCUACGGCGUGUACCAUCAAGCGAUUCACAUUUAAACAUUUGCUCCUUCACACAUAUAUUCUCAUUUUACAUUGGUGAAUAUGUAAGUCUCUUUUUGUAUCUACUGCUACCAGAAUUAGUAUCACAGCUGCGUCCUCGAGUCUCAUAAUACUUCAAAAUGCAUUAUUUAAAUGCUCUCAUGUGGAAUACUCUUAUUUGGAGGUGAUGGCAACUCCCGGUAAAACUGCAAGGCUUUGUUAAUUCAAAAAAAAAAGGAAAUGCCCUUACGUUGGAGCUGCUAAAACAAAAAUAUGUCGCAUAUUUCAAGCAUCCAGAAUCUUGCACACUCAAAUGGGAACAAUACACUCUUUGCAAGAAGCCUUUUGCGUAGAAAAAAAAGAAAAGAAAAAAAAAAAAACCAAAAAACAAAGACAUUUUAAGAUUAGACAUAACACCCGCCACUGAGGAGGUUUUCACACACUUGCUUUGGUUUGUUUUCAGCAGGAUUACCAUACAGAAAAGCUACCUUUUCCCCCCACCGACAUUUGUGCUAUUGGUUGUAAUUUGGGUCUGCUAAUAAUCAUUGGCCGAGGUGUAUGCACUUUACAGCAUGCAUGCCUAUUGUAUGAGAUUAUGGUCUUACCUCAGAAUUGUUCAAAUGGAAAAAAAAAAAAAAAAAAAAAAAGAGUACUUGUGUAAAAUGACUGUGUUUAGUAUAUAAUCAGUACUUAUUUUGUGGCCAUGACAAAAUACAAGUACAAAUGAUUAAUAGGGCCACACUGAAAAGGAAAAAAAAAAUAUUCUCGUUAAAUUUCUAGUUUCUUCUCAUUGUCUCUUAAUUAAAUUAUUACUACUAUUAUUAAAUUAAAUCUCCUAAUUUUGUUAUUCUUGUAAAAUUACAACUUUAUUUAAAAAAAAAAUUAUUCUCCUGAAAUCUCAACAAACUUGCCUCUUAAAAUGACAAUUUCUUGUGAAUGUACAACUUUUUUCUAAAUGUAUCUUAAAAGUUACAGUAUACGUUUGAAUUUAAAAACAUCACU